UCAGUAGAAAUUCUAAAUUUUAAUUGGCAGCACAACGCGAAUCGCGAUCGCGAAUCUGAAAAUUGUAAAUGUUAUGAUUUCUGUUUGUUUGUUUUUAUAAAAUGUCGAAAAAUAAUAAGAGAAAUCGCGGCAAUUGUACGGUAAAUAACAAAGCACACUUCGAUGUAAACUGGGAUGUAGACAAAUAUAGGGACGAGCAUGAAUGUGAAGAGCACUGGCAGCUACGAAAAGCGUUCAUGGAAAAGUGGAAAAACAAUUUCCCCGAAGAAAGAUUGGUUUGUUUGGCUCGAGUUUAUACUAAUAUCGAGUUUAUGGGGUGUAGAUACCCUCCCCAAGUCAUGGAACAAAUCGCUCAACUAUCUUUUGAGGUUGGACGUAAAUAUAAAGAGCAAAAGAAAACAAAACUCCAAAGGACGUUUGUGUCUGCAUCAACAGCUGCCGAGGAUAGAGCAAGAGGCAUCAAACGUGUAGCCGGAGAAGUGGUUGAGGGCACUCCAAAAUCUGCCCGAAUAGCUUUCGUACCCCAAGGACAAGCUCCUGCAGAACCCGAUCAUAAAAACAAUGUUUCCGAUGAAGAAACUCAAAAAAACAACGAAGACGUUGAUAUGGAAGAAAAUAGAAACACAACUAACAAAGUUUCAGUUGCCACGGAAACGAGAUCAACAGACUUGAUGGAUGCCGAUGGUUAUUUAGAAGAAAUGUCAAGUAUAAAGUGUUUGGAUGUCCGACUUUUCAGGGAAUAUAUGUUCCAGUCCCCGUUUGGACGUUUGGUGUUGUUAAUACGGCCGUGGGCUAAGAAAUUGUGGAAUAUACAAACGAGCUGUCAAGUAUGUGGUUUAAGUCUGACCAAUGGUUUUGAAAACAAAUGCUACUCUCUCCGUAUUAAUGAUAGGUUGCUCGCCCAAGCUGAGGGUGAAACUAAAGUUGAGGCUAAGAAUGCGGCGGAAAACUUGGCAUGGGAGGCACUACGAGGCGAAGUAGUGAGCGUACUAAUAAAGGAGCAAUUCAUAGCACAAGGCGACACACGGAUAAGUGUGAGCGAUGUCUCCGGCAAGAAGAAGGACGAUGUCUUUGGAACUCCCGUCGAGAACAGUGUGGCUACUAAAAUGAUGAAAUUAAUGGGUUGGCAAGGCGGAGGGUUGGGAGUCGACGCGCAAGGCAUAUCUGAACCUAUCAAGCCGAACUUACAAAUGGUGAAUCGUGCAGGUCUAGGCAGUGCCCAAGACAUACGAAUGCUCCGUCGCGCAUCCCAAACCAUGAUGCAGCGGUACAUAGCGUCCGACACUUUCGACCUUGACCUUGUGUUUACGAACGACUUCACGAAGCCUGAGCGAGCUAUCCUGCAUCAAUGCGCGCAGAAGAUGGGGCUGGCUUCCAGGAGUUAUGGGGAGGGUGAGGAUAGAUUCCUUGUAGUCAAAAAGAAGCUGGAUCCAUUCUCCCUGGUCCGAGCGAUCGUCGAAAAGGGCGGGAAAACGCCGAAAUACCAAGUUUUCAUACCUGCAGCAUUGGCGCGAAAUAGACCGUAGUCUCGAAUAUUUACAACUGUUAAUUCUGAUAAGAACAAUAAAGUUUAUAUUGAUUUACUAAGUUGA